AACUUGGUAUGGAAUAUGCAUUGUGCCAUGGUGCCAUGCUCUCUCUCGCUCUUUCUCUCUCUCUCUCUCUCUCCUUCCUUGUGAAAACUUCUCCUUCUCCUCCACGCCGCCUCUCUUCCUGACCUUACCAAUACCAUCUCCAUCCCCUUUGCAUUUCUCUCUUAAUUUACCAUAAGACCCCACCGUCUCUCCCACCUUUCUCUGUGUCGCUGCAAAAACACCAAGACCGAAGCUUUUCUUUCUUUCCUUUUUUAACCGAUGAUGGAUAACUCUUCUCUCUAAUGCCGGCGCUUCCCUCACUGGGCUUGUCCUUAGAUCUGCAUUGUCGAUUAGAGCUGGCUCUGUUCGGCAUCGCAUUUUGGUUUCAAUCUUUUUGCCAUUCAGAAGAUGGGCGGAGGGACUGAACAGGACUUUGACGAAAUUGAUUUCAUUCUGGGUGCGAUACCAGAAGCAACUUCUGAAAAUACGCAUCCUGAGGAAUCUGGGCAUCUUAAUUCCUCAGUGAAUUUGGAAAUGAAUCGUCUGGAAGAGGGGGACAGGAAAUGUUCUCCACCUGCAACUUUUACUAAGUUCUACCAUGCAUCCCAGGCAGCAAACCCUGGCAGCAAUUCUGCUUUCUAUACUGGAUUGUCCUUUGAAAGACCCAGAGCUGCCUGUAUGAAUUCCUCUCAAAGUUCCAGUGAUGAGAGUCCUCAGGCCAAUGGAAAUAUGGAUGGAGGAAAAUUAACUGUGAGGAGCUACUGUCAGUCACCUGUCAAGAAUAUUGAUAGGGAGGACUCGAAUCUUCCUGACGAUCAAUCCUUGACAUCUGCAUUUGUAGAGUUGGGCUUCAAAGAUGGAGUGGCAUUGGAAUCACCAAGCCCUCAGCUUGUUAACUAUAAUACAUUACAGAGUUGCACCUUUGUACAUGAAGGACAGUAUCCAAACUGCUUAAAGAAUCCUCAUUCACGUUUGGAUUCCGGAGUAGUAGCAGUUCCCUACCCCUCAUCACCCAAUACACUAAAUGGCAUGAAUUUGGUGACUGCCGCAUCAAAUGGGGUUGAUAGGUUAAAUGCGGAGAUGAAUGGUCAGCGAAGCACAAAUUUUCUAAAACUCAAUGUUCAGGAACUAGAGAAACAGAAACCUGGUUCUGGCCAGCCGCUUGAGAAUUUAUCGGGUGCCCUUGGGGAGCAACUACAGAGCCACCCAAUGUAUUCUGCAGCUAUGCCAUUAGCUCCUGGAAUGCACUCUUUACAGGUUUUAUCAAGCGUUCCUGUCCCUGGAGUGGAGUUCCCAAUGAUGCCGUAUCAGCACCAGUAUUUCGUGGAAACACAAUCACCUCUUCCUUACAUGCAGCCACAGCAAAUGGGCCGCUCGCCUCUCACUUGGCGACAUAUGGAAGAAGAGAGGUAUUGUAGGAUGCGUCAACACUACCUGUAUUCACAACAGCUUCGGAAUCAGGGAUCAGAAGCUCACCUUUCAAUGCAAGCAAAUGCGAAUGAGGGACUUGGGCCUAUGACUAGGAACCUGAGACAGCCUUAUUUCGAAAUGCCCAUCUCCCACCAACUGGAACAAUCUAAUCGAGAUGCCUUUUGGAAUAAUGCUGCAGCUCGUAGGGGAUUUAACUCAUCGAAUCCAACACUUAUGAGCAAUGGUGUAUGUCAUUACUACACUCGGGGGUUUUGUGGAAGGGGUGAUGGCUGUCCAUUUGCACAUGGCCAGAAACAGACAUCUGCAAGUAGUUUGGGAGGUAAUCCUCCUGCUCUUGCUGCCAAAGACAUUGAAGCAGUCCAAGUUAUGGACAAAGUGGGAAAACAUAGUUUUCCUGAGAAGAUUCUAACAAGAUCACAUGGCUUGAAUUCAAUAAGAGCUAUAAAGCCUGGAUCUGAUGGAGGACGUGAUUCUCUGAACCACAGCAAUGCCAACGGGAGGACGCUCUCAAAUGGUCAUUUCCACCACCACCCAUCCAUUCUGAAUGCGGGAUCCUUCCAGCUUGAUGGCCGGAACUCACGGUGUUCAUCUCCUGAUGCUGCGGACAUCAGAAAUAAUAAUCUAAGGUCACUGCCUCAAAGGUAUAAUUCCAUGGACGAGGUUACAGGUAGAAUAUAUCUUAUGGCAAAGGAUCAACAUGGUUGCCGUUUCUUGCAAAGGAAAUUCAGCGAAGGCACUGCAGAAGAUGUUGAGAAAAUCUUUCUUGAGAUAAUUGGUCACAUUGUUGAACUCAUGACAGAUCCUUUUGGAAACUACCUUGUCCAGAAGCUGCUCGAAGUGUGUGAUGGCGAUCAGAGAAUGCAGAUCAUUCAUGCAAUUACGAGAAAACCUGGUGACCUUGUUAGAAUUUCAUGCGACAUGCAUGGGACUCGAGCUGUACAGAAGGUGAUUGAGACCCUUAAGACUCCUGAGCAAUUUUCAAUGAUUGUUUCCUCUCUAAAGCCUGGUAUUGUGCUUUUGAUAAAAGAUAUGAAUGGUAAUCAUGUUGCACAGCGCUGCUUACAAUACUUAAUACCUGAAUAUAGUGAGUUUCUCUUCCAAGCUGCAGUCACACACUGUGUUGAGCUUGCCACAGACCGCCAUGGAUGCUGUGUGCUUCAAAAGUGCCUUGGCCAUUCUGAUGGUGAACAUAGACAGCGUUUGAUCUCUGAGAUCACUUCUAAUGCUCUUAGCCUCUCCCAAGAUCGAUUUGGGAAUUAUGUGGUGCAGUUUGUAUUUGAACUUCGGAUUCCUUGGGCAACCAUUGACCUUCUUGACCAACUGGAGGGUAACUAUGGAUACCUCUCCAUGCAGAAAUAUAGCAGCAAUGUGGUUGAGAAAUGCCUGAAAUAUGCUGGAGAAGAAGGCUGCCCUCGUAUCAUUCAGGAACUGAUAAAUUACUCACGAUUAGAUCAAAUCUUGCUGGACCCUUAUGGAAAUUAUGUUAUUCAAGCAGCACUUAAUCAGUCUAAGGGAGUUCUUCAUUCUGCCUUGGUAGAGGCUAUCAGGCCCCAUGUUCCUGCACUACGGACAAGCCCAUAUGGAAAGAAAGUCCUCUCAAGCAAUAGUCUGAAGAAGGUUCCGGAGGAUCUUGUAAAAUUAUGUAAUAAAGAGUAAAGAAGAAAGCCAUGAAAUUAGCUAUUGAGACUUGACUAUCAAGCUGGGAGGUGGAACUUAAGAAAGAAUGAUAGAGAUGUCUUGUACAGCCCAUCUGAACAGAUGAAGGUGAAUUUUGCAUUUUAUUGCCUUUUUCUCUUAGUCAAGUAGUACUUAUUUAGAGGUGACAUACAUGAGUCUGUAUGUUAAUGAACUCGUGUUAUUGCUUGGUAAUAAAAGCAGAAGCCGGGGAGGUGUAGAGUUUCUUUAUGCUUAUGGGGAGGGUACUGUUCAAUUAUUUAACUGAAGUUAUGCUGGUAAGAGUUGGGAUAGUUCAAUUUAUCUAGUUCUCCUGCUAAAGUAUCCAUUUUGGUAACGAGUAACCUUGUAGACUCUCCUUGUAAUUCUCAUGAUAUAUCUAUGGUUAACAUGCCCAUGCUAUUUUU